AUGGCGACGUUCGGGAAGCACAGCAGCCAAGGGCUCUUGCUGCUUUCCUUGGUUCUUCUUGCAUUCUCCGUCAGUCCUGAACGCGCCACCGUUGUCUUUCCGCAUGGCAUGUCUGGUGGCCGGCUUCGUUUGCAUGCGGGCAGUGCUGCUAUAAAUGGCAGCAUGCGCUGCAUUCUCUCCAAACGCAGCAGCUGCGAGCGCGACGGCGAGCAGAGCAGCAGGUUAGCGCGAGCGCGAGUAGUCGAACACGAAGAGCUACGGUGCAGCAAGACAACCUUCCUUAGUAGUAAGUACGUAGAUGAUAUGAUCAAGGACAUAAAUAAAUCUCUGCAAAUAAUGUCAAAGGCCCAACCAAAGAGAGGGUUGAUCCAGAACCCCAGUUGGGGGUUCCAAUUGGGCAAAAGCCCAGGAACAUGGGAUGAUUUGAGUGCGGCCAAUGGAGGAAGUAGCCAGAACUACCUUUCUUCCAUGUUCAACACUGCCAAGCGAAAGGCAUCUGGUCUCAGAUGGCCACAGCCCGAUUUUACAACAAAAGAUGACAGUAGUGAGAAUUCAGCAUCAUCUGCCGCGCCAGAAUCAUCACAAGCUGGUGGACAAGGUGCAUCUAUGCCAGAUACAGAAAGGGAUGAACUCCCCAUUUCAAGCCAGUUGUCAGAUGGUAGAACUGCUACAAACCAGAGGUUGCCUGCUACUGAUAUCUCCAAAAUGGUGGAGACUUACAAUAAGUUCAAAGAAGAACAAGAACUCAAACUUCAGGAAUGGCUUAGAGAGUCUGAAGAAGCUGAAGACAAUAAGGAGUGAGGAGGUUAUAGCUGCUUCAGCUUUGCGCCAAAAAGAGUGCAUCGGAACAUACCAUAUAUCCGACUGCAUGCAUUUCCAACUUAAAAACAGAACACGUUGUCUGUUCAUGAAGCAGAGCGUGUAAUUAUGGAGUGUAUAGAUGGCGAGAAAACACUGUAAUUUGUCAUAUUCUCUACGAUAUUGUUUUAUUGAUUUAUGAGGCAGAGAGAUCAUCAGUGUGUACUGUAAAACAGUCUGAGAAAAUAAAGCACGCAUCUUCUUCA